AUGGGACAGAGCUGUUUGUCCAAGAAUAGCGAAGCAGACAAUAUGGCACCCGACUUGACAACCUCACGAAUAGAUAUAUCAUGGCCAGAUGACUUUGAGGAAGGAAUACUUUCCGAUAUUCCCGAUACUGUUGUAGAAAAUGGUAAAUUGACGUUAGAUUUAAGUUUUCGCAGGUUGAAAUCCCUACCAGCGAAAGUGUGCCAGAGAAACAACAUCGAAGUACUUAAUCUCAACUGCAACAAGAUCUCAAAUUUUCCUUAUAAUUUCGUCUCACUUCGUUAUCUAAAGGAACUUUAUCUACGAAAUAAUUAUUUGGAAUUUUUGCCUGCGCAGAUUUGUACCUUAAUCAAAUUAGAAGUCUUGGAAUUGAAUCGAAAUCUGAUUGAGACUUUGCCGUAUUGUUUUAGUCAUCUAUGUCACCUGCAAAAACUCAAUCUCUCUUUCAAUAACAUCAAAACUCUUCCCCCGAGUCUUCGCUAUCUAACAACCUUGAAAUACUUAAACAUGGAGGGAAAUUAUCUCCAGAGCAUUCCCGAAGUUGUCGUCUCACUUCCAAGUCUUGAAGUUCUGGUUUUGAGCGACAACGAAAUCACAUUCCUUCAUCCAAACUUGGACAACUUAUUCCAGUUAAAAGAGCUUUACUUGGACGACAACAAAUUGUCCGAGCUUCCUGGGUCAUUGCUACCAUAUCUCGCAGAGCUUGAAAAGCUUAACUUGAGCAACAACAAGAAAGUGUUAACCCUGGGUAAAAACGAAAAGCCAAAAAAGCAGAGUCAGACGAAAGCAAAGAUGAACCAUGUCGAUGCAAAGGUCAUUACGGAGAGACUGACGGGUCUGGGAGCUCCAGAAACUUCUAAUACGUCUGUAGUUGCUCAAGAUCGUUCAAUGGUGUUUUCAGAAAUAAAUCUAAAUCACCCCGAAGAAGAAAGAGAUGUCUUUGGAGGAGAACCAGGUCUUGUUAAUUUGAAAUCUGAAGAUGCAGACCCCAAUAUUGCUGAGCGAGUAAAACGUAAUACUCUUAGCGCUAAAGCAAGGGUCGGUCAAGCAAUGCGCCCAUCACCAAAGUGGGGAAUACUCAUCCGCGAGCUUAAGAAAGCGGGCUUUUUGCCAUCUAUUAAUGUACAGCUUCCAAAACUUAGAAGAGAACAUGGAAGACCGGUGAAGGUAUUGAAUCAUGGAUCAAGGUAUACAUGGCGCGGCUGGAGAGUUGACGCGAACUCUCAAUCGACAUUGAAGAGAAAAACAUCUUCAGUUGAAUCUGAAUCACUUGACAACAAACUCGACGAAUUUGGACAUCUUGCAAGUAUUAGUGAAUUAUUUCCUGAGGUGAAAAUGGAACAAGGAAGAUUAACGCUUGACCUUAGCUGGCAAGAACUUUCAUAUGUUUCGGGAACUAUCUGCGAACUAGUAAAUCUCAAUUCGCUUCUCCUUGACCACAACCAAAUCAUGGAUUUGCCUACUGGAAUGGACAAACUUUCCAAGUUACGCAUUUUAAGUCUUAAUUCUAACGAAAUGAUCUCGCUGCCAGAGAAUUUACGACAUCUAAACCAUCUCAGGCGCUUGUUCCUUAAUGGCAAUCAUAUAAAGGCACUUCCAGACUGGUUUGAAAGUUUCCAACACUUGACGUAUCUCUCUUUGGAAAAUAACGAUAUGCCAUUCUUUCCAAACGAAAUCUGCUCUCUAGUAAAGCUGGAAUAUCUCCUUCUUGCGGGAAACAAAAUUAGAGAAUUACCAGAAAAGAUCAAACAGCUGAAAAACUUGAGGGAACUGUUUUUAGGCCGAAACGUCAUUCGUUUAAUUCCUCUGUCCAUUGCUGAGAUGAAUUCUUUACGAGUGUUGUACCUGGACAACAAUGGUCUUGAAGAGAUACCCUACUCUGUUUUCAGCGUGAUGGAAUUACAGACACUAAAUCUGAGCGGGAAUUCGCUGAAUUUAAUACCAGAUAACAUCAUAAAUCUCCGGGACCUGGAAGAGCUUGAUCUGGGAAAGAACAACAUUCAAAAGUUACCAUUUUGGUUCCACCGUCUUGCUAAUCUAAGAGUUUUGUCUUUAAACUGCAACGGAAUGUCAGUUUUCCCUGAAGUCCUCUGUAAAGUGCCAAGCCUUUCCACCUUAGACUUGAACAAAAACAAGAUCAGAGAGCUUCCAGAUUUUAUUCGGAGCAGCAUUGGCGAGCUGAUCACCAUGCAACAACUGGACCUGUCGUACAAUGAGCUCAGAGGUCUGCCUGAUAGCUUUAGAAAUUUGCGAAGUUUAGAAAUUCUUCACCUUGAAGGAAAUCCGUUGAUUGAGUUACCGGCGUGUAUGAACGAGCUUACGAGCUUAUGUAAACUGUAUCUGGACAGAACAAUCACGAUUCCCAAAGAGAUUUUCCAACUUCCAAAGCUGGAAAUUCUUUAA